GUGGAAGGGAUGGAGAGAGAGAAGGAGAGAGUGAGGAGGGGUUUAAUCCUGCCUGGAUUAUUGUAUAAACUGGUGCCAGAGAGCAGGAAGAGAUAUGCUGGAGAGAGUGAGAGGAAGUCCCACUAUCCCUCCAUCCAUCACUCCAUCCAUCUGACUCUCCAUCCGGUGGAGUAUUUGUUCUCCCGGUGCUGCGUGAUUUUGGUUUUGGAUCCACGAGGAUGUGAGGGUCAGCAGACCGGACGGCAGACGGGAAAAAAAAAAUCUGAAAUCGCAGCCGGAUUUCUUUCGGCAGUGUGUGUGUGUGUGUGUGUGUGUGUGUGUGUGUGUGUGAUCUGUGUGUGUUCGUUUACCAUGCGGCCUGACGAGGACUGAAGUCGUGUGAAGUUUGCCGGGACAUCUUAAGUCUUCUCGGCAUCCUGUAGAAUCGAAUAGAGAGGGAGAGUGGAUGGGACGAGUGGAUGAUGGGAGGAGUACAAAUGGGAUUAAGAGGCGUAGAGAGGGAGGCGUAGGAAUAUGGCGAGACUCCGUUGUGACUCCUGCUGCGCAGAAGUGACCUUUGACAUCGAAGACAGCCGCUCUCUUGACUCUUUUGUUUGCCGGGAUCACCUGCUGAGCUGACGCUGACUCAUCAGUCAGACACUUCUUGUUCAUCGCCGGUCAUAUUUUGAAAUCUCUUUAAAGACCCUCACGCCACAAAGGAAGGAAUGGUUUUAAAACUAUGACAACAUGCCACACGUGCAACAAUCACUGGACUGAUGCAAUUCGCAGCAGCUGCGGGGAUGAACGGCCGGAGUCGGGGAAACGCUGGGAAUGCCACUAAAUCGGACAGAAGUGGGCCGCGGAGAGGGAGGCUGAUGAUGCUGCAGUGGAUUAUCCUCCUCGGCUCGCUGUGCCCGAUGGUCGACGGGCAGAUGAAGAUCCCACCAGAAACGGUGCAGCAGUGGGCCGUGUCCUUUGGCAAAGACAUAGCUGCCCUGUCCGCCAGAUACUCGGGAGCUAAACUGCUCCAGAAGAAAUACAAGGAUAUCGAGGGAACGGUGAAGAUGGAGGAGGUGGAUGGACAGGAGCUGGUGAAAAAGUUUGCAGAGGAGAUGGAGGAGAUGCUCGGGAGGAAGAUGAAGUCUGUGAAGAGGUUAGCAGAAGCAGCAGAGGACGCUGAUUUAUACCACGAGUUCAACGAAACACUGGAGUUUGAUUACUAUAACUCCAUGCUGAUCAACUCGUAUGAUGAGGAUGGGAACUCUGUGCCGCUGGGAGGAGAAUUCCCUCUGGAGGAAAACGAGCACUUCAAUAAACUGCCAGUCAACACACAGCAGAGUAACAUACAAGUCCCCACUAAUGUCUACAAUAGAGAUCCAGACAUUCUCAAUGGAGUCUACAUGUCUGAGGCUCUGAAUGACGUGUUCAUCGAUAACUUCAAUAAAGAUCCAACUCUGACGUGGCAGUACUUUGGCAGCUCCACAGGCUUCUUCAGGCUGUACCCAGGGAUCAAGUGGACUUCAGAUGAAAAUGGUGUGGUCACCUUUGAUUGUAGAAACAGAAAUUGGUAUAUCCAAGCUGCCACAUCCCCUAAAGAUGUGGUCAUUGUGGUGGAUGUCAGUGGCAGUAUGAAGGGACUCAGACUGACCAUAGCCAAACACACCAUCAACACAAUCCUGGACACAUUGGGAGAAAAUGACUUUGUUAACAUUAUUGCUUACAGUGACUACGUUCGCUACGUGGAGCCCUGCUUCAAGGGCACGCUUGUACAAGCGGAUCUGGAUAACAGAGAGCAUUUCAAGCUUUUGGUAGAAGAGCUACAUGUCAAAGGAGAGGGCAAAGUGAAAUAUGCAAUGAAGGAAUCUUUCAAGAUCCUCAAUGAGGCGGCUGCACUGGGCCAGGGCAGCCUGUGUAACCAGGCCAUCAUGCUGAUUACAGAUGGAGCCAUGGAGGACUUCCAGGAAGUUUUUGAAGAGUUCAACUGGCCAGAACGAAGGGUUCGAGUGUUCACCUAUCUAAUUGGACGAGAGGUGACAUUUGCUGAAAAUGUCAAAUGGAUCGCCUGCAACAACAAGGGUUACUACACCCACAUCUCUACGCUGGCUGACGUGCAGGAAAAUGUGAUGGAGUAUCUCCAUGUUCUCAGCCGGCCUAUGGUCAUCAACCAUGAUCAUGACAUCAUCUGGACUGAGGCCUACAUGGACAGUGUGCUGUUCAACACUCAGGCCCAAAGCCUGCUCCUGAUGACCUCAGUAGCCAUGCCUGUGUUCAGCAAGAAGAAAGAGACUUUGUCUCAUGGGAUUCUGCUGGGAGUGGUGGGGACUGAUGUGGCCCUAAGAGAACUGAUGAGAUUAGCUCCAAGAUACAAGUUGGGUGUCCAUGGUUACGCUUACCUCAUCACUAACAAUGGCUACAUCCUGUCUCAUCCUGACCUUCGACCUCUGUAUAAGGAGGGAAAGAAGCUAAAGCCAAAACCCAACUAUAACAGUGUUGACCUAUCAGAGGUGGAAUGGGAAGACACGGAGGAGAAACUGAGGACAGCCAUGGUUAAAGGAGAAACUGGAACAUUAUCUUUAGACGUGAGAACUUCGGUGGAUAAAGGAACGAGAGUGAUGUUCCUGAAGAAUGAUUACUUCCACACCGUCAUCAACGAGACACCGUUUAGUCUGGGUAUAGUGUUAACGCGGGGAUAUGGACAGUAUAUCUUCAUAGGAAAUGUCUCUGUUGAGGAAGGUCUUCAUGACUUACUGGCUCCAGAUCUGAUCAUAGCCAGCGAGUGGACAUACUGUGAGACAGACAUUGACCCAGCCCAUCGCAAGCUGAGCCAGCUGCAAGCUGUAGUAAGAUACCUCACUGGCAAAGAACCAGAUCUGGAGUGUGAUGUGCUGCUGUUGCAACAAACUCUGUUUGAUGCCGUGGUCACGGCUCCUAUGGAAGCUUACUGGACGGCCCUCAUGCUCAACACAUCUGGUAUUGAAGAGGGGGUAGAAACAGUGUUCUUGGGAACCCGUUCAGGCCUGUUGAGAUUCCAGCGGUACACUGGCAUUGAGAAAAGAGUUGCCAAGUCUUUCCUGACCUCCACAGACAAGGAGAAUAUGUUCACAUUGGACCAUUUCCCAGUGUGGUACCGCAGAGCUGCCGAGUACCCAGCGGGACAGUUUCUAUACUACAUGCCCAGACAGGACACGAGAGCAGGGAGGAUAGUGAUCGCCACCACUGCUGUCACCGUGACGGUGGGCACGAAAACCGCCAUCGCUGGAGCCAUCGGUGUCCAGAUGACUCUGGAGUUGCUUGAGUCCAGAUUCUGGGCCAUCACGCAACAGCCAAAUGACACAGACUGCUCUGACGUCGAAGGGAUCUGUCCUCUUCGGUGUGACAGAUUUGAUAUCGACUGCUACGUGAUUGACAAUAAUGGCUUUGUCCUAGUUUCUAAACAGCGUAAUGAUGCGGGGAGGUUCUUUGGUGAGAUUGACGGAUCAGUGAUGACCACACUUAUCAGAAUGGGCAUGUUCAAAAGGGUGUCCCUGUUCGACUACCAGGGCAUGUGUAAGAUGAACUCGCACUCCGUCAGCAGCGCCCGUCCACUUCUCAGCCCGUUCUACGGUUUGGCUUCAGCACUCAAGUGGUUCCUCUCCAACUUCCUACUGUUUCUCCUGGAGUUUAAUAUCUGUGGCUUCUGGCACACGGAGCAUUUUGCUGAGGCGAAGUCAUCUUUCAGCGUGUCCUCGUCUCAUAAGAAAAAAGGGGACAUCCUGCAGCCGUGUGACACCGAGUACCCCAGCUUUGUUUAUGAGCCGUCAGUCAAAGAGACCAACAGCAUUAUUAAGUGUGGACGCUGCCAGAAGAUGUUUGUGGUGCAACAGAUACCAGACAGCAACCUUUUGAUGCUGGUGGUUCAGGCGGACUGUGACUGCUCCAGACAGUACGGACCGCUCACCAUGGAACCAGAGGAAGUCAAAUAUAACGCCUCAGUGAAGUGUGACAGGAUGAGGUCCCAGAAGAUUCGCAGGCGGCCCGAGUCCUGCCACGCCUACCACCCACAGGAGAACGCCAACGACUGUGGACGGGCUUCUUUCAUAUCUCUCUCAGCCUCUCUCUUCAUUAUCUGUCUCUCCAUCUCGGCACUUGCCUCCUGAUGAUGGACAACUUUGCUGUUUCAUCCAUUAUCUUGUAAAGAAAGAGAUGAAUCAAGAGAUGUGUUUGGACACUGGACACCUCAAUUGGAUUUUUUUUCUUCUAAAUGUACCUUAUCCUGGACAAUUUGCUCAUGACAACCACAAGCCUCGUCUCUCCCGGUGGACAUUCAGUGGGGUUCAUGAGCAUUCGUUGGUUGAUUCCUGGAAAUCAUUUAAUCUGAAGGAAAAAUAACUGCAAAACAAGCAAGUUAACGGGCUGUUGUUGCCAUGGAUACUUUUUCAAUAGUUGCUUUCUCACAUGCCAAUUUGCAUCUCAAAAGGAAAAUGGACAAAAGAGAUGCAGAUGGUGGCUGUGACGCGCAUCGAUACAAGAGGAUCUUGAGUCACAAGAUGCAACUUAACACAGGCCAGGGGGAAAAAUAGGUUUUUGGUUUCUCAUAUCACACUAAAUUGUGUGUUGCGGACACACAUGCAUAUUAUAUAUGCGGCUGCAAGCAUGCACACGACCAACGCUAAUAAUCGUGAUUAAUAACCACUGAGACAAGGGCUACAGAAAUGUGUAGGGAAUCAUGUUUUCCAUGGUUGUUUGCAAUAUUGAUGAGUAAUGGACAAUAAAAAUGGGGAUGUUCAGCCCCUUGGGGGGGAUUUCAUUUUUGUGUUCAUACUUUGAUGACAUCCCAAAAAUAUUUGUUUCUUUUAAAAAUGUCUGUCUGCCUUUCUGUCUUUAUCAGCUGUGUCUUUCUCUGUGUCUGUGCAUAUUGUUUGUAAGUACGUUUGUCUCUUUUUUCUGGACAUGUGGAACUCUUACAGCGUGUCGGUCUGCAGUCAGCAUGGAUAACAUGAUGGUGGACUAAAGGUCAAAAUGCUUUUAGAUAAGUCGUGAUUUUGUGUGUGUGCGCAGGGUGAGGAUGCACAUACAUGGUUUCAAUCUGCAUGUGUUUACCACAAAUGAUUAUUUGCACCGAAAUAUAAAUGUUUAAGAGGUUAAAAAGAAGAGUUUAAAUGCAUUUGAUGGAGACUUUGGUUUUACUGAACUUUUCAUAGCCCUCAACUUCAUUUACAGGCUAUUUACUGCUGCCAUAAAUAAAAAUAUGAUUUUAUAAUAUGAUUUAAAAAAAAGACAAGGUUGCAUUCACUCUGAGAAACAUUAUUGUCGUAUGGAUGAAACUUGGUCAUGGCUUAAUUUUUGAAAAUGUCAUGUUGAUUCAUAUGUAAUUGCAAUGUAAAUUAAUAUUGUGAAUCAUCAUAUGGGGUAUUUUUUGCAUACAUAUGAUGUGCGUUUCAUAUUUUGCUAAGCAUUUAAUUUUCCCUGAUUUAAAAAAAUAUAUAUUUCUCACCAGCUUACAAAGCAUGUCUUUGAGUUGAACUAAUUCUGUCGACAAAAUUGCCUCAGAUUUUGCCUGUUUAGGUAAUAGAUUCAGAUAACUAUUAUGUGUGUGCGCAUCAUGACAGUUUGUUCUCUCCUGUUGGACUCGUAUGACAAUAUUUUGAAUCAUCUGUUUCAUUUUUGUUUGUAAUUAUCACAAUACAAUAUCCUGUAUACUGUCUGGUUGAUAUGUCCACAUUGUAUGUUGGUUGACUGAUGGCAUUAUUUGUAUAGAAUAAAUAAAAUUAUCCUCAUUGUU